AGAUGUCAGAGUAACCUUAAAGACAGAUGAAUGGUCAGGACCCCAUGCCUCUUUUCUGAGUUCUCAGCAGCUGUGCUGUAGAAAUCAUGUGUUUACUUUCUGCGUCUCCUCCUCCAAGACUCUCCCUGAAGCCACUCUUAAAAUCCUACAUCUGGGCAAGCAAGAUCCUCUAGAAACUGAACGAACCAGGGUGAAGAGCAGCUCCUUUUCAAGCUGGAGAGCUUGGCAAACACUGCCUGCAGGGUUUGCUUUGGUUUAGAAAUCCCACUGCCUCACUGGAGUGCCAAUCAAAAUUCCAUAGCCAUUCUUGGCUACUUGGAGGUGGGACUGACUGAUGUACAGCAGUGAUUUGACCCAGUACUUGGGGAUAACACAACCAGUCAUCAGUGUUUAUCCUGUUGUCUUCCAACCAGCCUUUUGAAGGUGCAUUAACAUUGGGGGCUUUGCGCUUCUUCAUUGGACUUCUAACUGAAUACCACUUGGUCCUACUAAGAAUUAUUUGUUCAAAUGUUGGAGCAUUUAAUUGAAAAAUACUUCUUAGAUUUUUUAAAGAACCAGAGCUCUUGGAAACCUGGGAAUUUAAAAGAAGCAGGUGCUGAACCUUAACUUUCCUCCUCAACAAGAAAAAUGGGCUGCGAUCGUAACUGUGGGCUCAUCGCUGGUGCUGUCAUUGGAGCGGUUCUAGCUGUGCUGGGAGGCAUUCUAAUGCCUGUCGGAGACAUGCUGAUUGCGAAGACAAUUAAAAAGGAAGUUGUUCUUGAAGAAGGUACAACUGCUUAUAAAAACUGGGUUAAAACUGGCACAGAUGUUUACAGACAGUUUUGGAUCUAUGAUGUGCAAAAUCCAGAUGAAGUGGCACUUAACAGCAGCAAUAUUAAGGUUAAGGAAAUGGGGCCUUACACGUACAGAGUUCGCUACCUAGCCAAGGAAAAUAUAACCCAUGAUUCUGAGACAAACACAGUCUCUUUUGUGCAGCCCAAUGGUGCCAUCUUCGUACCGUCAAUGUCAUUUGGAACAGAGAAUGACACUUACACUGUUCUCAACUUGGCUGUAGCUGCUGUACCCCAUCUCUAUCCAAAUUUGUUUAUGCAAUCAAUAUUGAAUUCACUUAUCAAAAAGUCCAAGUCAAGUAUGUUUCAAAGAAGAACUGUGAGAGAAAUAUUGUGGGGCUACGAGGACCCAUUCUUGAAAAUCGUGCCAAAACGUAUUCCUACAAUAGUUGGUGUAUUCGUUCCUUACAAUGACACUGCAGAUGGAGUUUAUACAGUUUUCAAUGGAAAAGAUAAUAUCAGCAACGUUGCCAUAAUUGACACUUACAAAGGUGAAAAGACUCUCGGUUAUUGGUCAAGUUAUUGUGACAUGGUUAAUGGUACAGAUGCAGCCUCAUUUCCUCCUUUUGUGGAGAAGACUCGGGUUCUGCAAUUCUUUUCCUCUGACAUUUGCAGGUCCAUCUAUGCUGUGUUCACGGCCGAACAUGAUCUGAAAGGAAUUUCUGUGUAUAGAUUUGGUCUUCCACCCAAGGCCUUUGCAUCUCCAGUUCAAAAUCCAGAUAACGAUUGUUUCUGCCUAGACCUACAGACCACAAAUAAUUGUACAUAUUCUGGUUUGUUAGACAUUAGCAAAUGCAAACAAGGAAAACCUGUGAUCAUUUCGCUUCCUCAUUUCCUACAUGCAAGUCCUGAAAUUUUAGAAAACAUUGUUGGUCUCAACCCAAUUGAAGAAGAUCACAGCACAUACUUAGAUGUUGAACCUAUAACUGGAUUCACUUUACAAUUUGCAAAACGGCUGCAGGUCAACUUAUUGGUCAAGACAACAAAAAAAAUUGAGGCUUUAAAGCAUCUGACUAGGAACUACAUAGUGCCUGUUCUGUGGCUUAAUGAGACUGGUACCAUUGGUGAUGAGAAGGCAGCAAUGUUCAGAAGCAAAGUGACUGGAAAAAUAAAACUCCUUGGUGUGGUAGAAAUUGCCUUACUCAGUGUUGGUAUGGUGAUGUUUGUUGCUUUCAUGAUUUCAUACUGUGCCUGCAGAUCAAAGAAAACAAAAUAAACAGCAAAUGAGCCUUUGCAUUUAUGCACCAGCAACAUCAGGACCUUUGUUAACACUGACCUACAAAAUGAAGAUUUAAUGUGCUUUAUUUUUACAAAACAUACCUAAUUUUAUAGUUGAAGAAAUAGUGGCACUAUUCAUUUUUGCAAUAAGCAGCAAUACAUUUCUGAAGAAUUAUUAAAGUGUCAUUAAAAUCCACAAUCUAAGCAAGAAACCAGCACCUUUUAAAAUGUAUCAUGUACAGUACAGUUGAAUUGAUUUUAGUGUCUACGGACCAGGAUCAAGUGUAAACCAAUUAUUUUUAUUUGGUACUGACUCACUAAUUGGUUCCCUGGUGACAAAUUCAGCAGAGAAGUGGACAUUCUAAACAAAUUCUGGAUCCUGAACUCGUAUCUUCUUCAUCAAGGGAAAGCACUCUCCCACUCAAGUGGUGUCCCCAUUCAGGUGCAGCAGACCCCAGGACCUGCCAGUACAUUGCGUCUCAUGAGCAUCCAUUGUUUUUGAAAGACGUUUAAGGAUGGAAGAUAAAUUAUUAGCUUCUGAGUCAUUUACUAUACAUUACUUAAGUUUCUUUAUCUAUGGAAUUCUUUGUAUAGCAAACAGCAAGCAUUAUAAUUAUGUUUUUACUUUAUAAAAACAUCGGCUUCUAUUUUGUCACUGAUUAUGCAAAUGGUAGUCAUUUUUUGCAAUUUUGGCUCUGCAUCAUAAGGACUUUGUCAUUUUCCACAUUCUGCAGGUCUUUUGGAAAUCUGAGUAAACUUUGAUCUUUCUACAACUUGUACUUCACAACUUCAGAGUGCUGUGUGGUAUUAAAAGAUGUAAAUGAGAAUAAAGGAAUUAUUGCAUGAAACACAA